UAUGACGCAGUAAACUGUCACUUUUUGACAGUUACCAAAUAACUAUUAUCAAUUAAACAUCUAUUCAUAGUGUCUGUUUCCGUUCACUUAAUUAUUCUCUCGGUAACUGGGAGUGUUAAUUAUAAAAUAUAAGGUGAAUAAAAAUAAGUGUAAUAAAUAUUAAUAUUUCGAUUGUUUAUCUAACCUUGACCCAUUUUGUUAUUAGUGACACUGUCAGUACACAGAUGGGAAAUGAUAACCACAGCUGUUUGGCAGAAUGGCCUCUUAAUAAUAACAAUAAGCCACCCAUAAAUCAAGAAUUAAAUAGCUGGGCAAAUUUACCAACAAUUGUUUUACACGAUAUAUUUUCAUUAUUAAAUCACGAUGAUCGUAUAAACGCGUCAAGUGUAUGUCGCAGUUGGCGACAAGCAUUGUAUCAUCCAAACUUUUGGAAUCAUGUAGAUUUUCAUUUAAAUCCAACAUUACAAAUGCAAAAAUCAUGUUAUUUAAUAUCCGCGUGUAGUCAUCUUGUUCGUCAUACAACAAUUAAUUAUACAUCGUUAUCAAUGUGGUGCGUUUACGAAUUUACCGAUUUAUUAAAACGACUUACCACUAAUUAUAAUUUAAAAUCGUUAAUGUUAGAACCGAGUCAUUGUCAUUUACAAGAGCCAGACAAUUGUAAAGCGAAUUUUAUUGAAAAGCGUAUUAUUAAGCCUCUAUUGUCAAUAUGUCCUCGUUUGGAGGCAUUAAGUUUAGGUUGUUGUGAAGAAAUAUGUAAUAAUUUAACACGUUUUUUGGAAUUAAUGGCCAAUUCUGAGCAUCCAGAAAAAGUACAAACAAUUGGUUUUGCAUCGGUAAAAGAUGACCCAGGAAAUUAUUUGUUAAUUGAUGUUAAUGUUCAAUUAUUUUCAUCAUUCACAAAUCUUAAAAUAAUCAGUGUGGAUUAUGAUUAUAUGAGCGACAUCUUUUUGGAUAGUUUACGAGGUGCUAAACAUUUAGAACGUAUGGUUGUACAUAUACAUGGCUUAUGGGACGGUCAUCCUGGUACUACGGAUAGGGCGUGGAGUAAUUUUGUUUCGCAACAUCCAAAGUGCUUUCUACGAUUAACGUUAAUACAUGCAUACGAAGCAAUCCAUAUAUUAGAUCAACGUAUUUUACAUCCGUCAAUGCCCUUAUCUCAUUUAAAAGUGUUUUUUUGUGAAGCGUUAAAUUACAACACCAUGAAUUUAUUAUCAUCCUGGUAUCGAAGUUCCUUACGCAGUAUCAUCUGGGUAGAUUCACGAACAUCACGUUCUGUAUGGGUAUUUGUUGAAUUAUUACAAAGGAAUACACCAGAUCCAUUAGUAAUGGCAGCUUGGACCUGUACUAAACUUGAAGAAGUUGUUCUACUUGGCUAUAAGUAUUUCGAAGAAGAUAUUGUUGCAAUAGCUAGACUCAGGGGCGAUGUAUUAAAACGUAUUUGUGUUGCCGAUGAAGAUGUAUUAUAUUCACAACAAAUGUAUAGCAACUAUCCGGAUUCAAGAACGGAACUUAGUGAUAUAUUAGGUUACGAUUGGUCACCAAUCCCAGAAGAUGAUAUACAUCCAGUGAUAAAAGAUCCAACAGCAGGUGAUUCCGAUGAUUAUUUGUUACCGAUUGUUUUAGCCGAUUUGAAAUAGUCACAGCCAUGAUAAGUAUUAAUCUAGUCGUUGGCGCGCAUUAUACUAUAUAUGUUAUAUUAAAGCUGCGCAAAAAAAUGAAAUCUUAUUUCUUCUAAUUGUUUGUAAAACAAUGUACAAUGAAAUUGAAAAAAUGUUGCCAUGCACUUAAAACACAUACACUAAAAAAGGCUUGCCUCAGGGACUGAUUGAGUACUAAAAAAUCAAUUCUAAAAAAUAAACAAAACGUGUGCAGCUAAGGUAAUUAAUAAUUUUAUGUUAAUGUAUUUAAAAAUAAUUUUUGAUCAUAUCGAAUUAUUUCUUGUAUAUUGUUAUUGAAUAUUGUUGUGAUUUAAUGUCCAUUUAAAUUUAAUUCUAGGAUAAUAUUAUG